GGCUUGUCUGAAUGGUCUUGGCCUCGCCGACCCACCAUCCUCCUCUGCCCAUCCAUCUGCGCUGCGGCGUCCCUCUGCCGCGCCCUCGGCACGCGCAUCCACAGCAGCUGUUCAACACAUACGACACAGCUCCCUCUCGUCGCUCGCUGCUGCUCACUGCCGCCGCCGCCGCCGCCGCCGGCCCGUCCCUCGUCGCGCCUGCCACCGCCGCCGACUCAUCGCUCGUCUACCGGCCGCUGAGCAGCGUUGACGUCGGGCGCGGCGCGCUCGCGCGGACCGAACAGCAGUACUCGACGACGUUUGCUGCGUAUCUCUCUCGAUUCCUGCUCAACAACGAGCCGACGACGCGGCGGUGGUGGCAGACGCAGGUCUCGGAGGCGGAGUCCUUUACGAUGGACGACGAGGCGAGCGACGGCAUCGUCGGUCUGCUCGGCGAACAGCGGCGCGAUGCCUUCCUCGCGUCCAAGUUCUCCUCGCUCGUCACUUCGGUCGAGGUCGGUCUCGAGGGGUACUACGGCGAGAAGGGCGCGGGCAGGCUGGGAGAGGCGCUGGCCAACAAGUACUCCUCGGCGGGCCAGAAGCGCCUCCUCGCCCACCUUCUCUGCCUCAUCGAGCGCGAGCAGCAGCCCACGCGCCUCAUCGGCUCUCUCAUCGGAGAGGCGGAUGCCAGCCGCCUCGCCUCCGUCCAGCUCGAGACUGCGGCGACAGGCUACUCGGCGACCCCUCCCUCCGUCACGGUCGGCCCUCCCCCGUCGCUCGACCGCGGCGGCCGGACGGCCAAGGCUCGCGCGCUGAUGCGGCCGACCGGCCGGUGGCGGGAGGUGCGUCUGCUCGACGGCGGCGCUGGCUACGCCGACGGGGAGGUGCCUGAGCUGGUCGCGUGUGGCGAGGGCUACUUGGCAAGGCAGGGGAACGGCUCUGCACCCUCCGCCGCGCGAGGCGCCGGCGCGACGGCGUUCGGGUACGCCUUGGCUGGCGCGUGCGCCUUUGGGCUGCUGGAGGUCUUUUCGCGCGCCAUCAACGAGGCAGCGGGCGCGGGCAACUCGCUCUUCUUCUCGACGCCGCUGCUCGCGCUUGCGUCGGCGUGCGCGACCGCUUUUUGCGCGGCGGUGGUUUGCCCGUUUGAGGCGGUGAGGAUAGGGGCGGUGCGGAACGGCGCGUCGUCGCUCGCGGCCGUGCAGCAGAUUGUCGCCGACGAGGGGGCCGCCGCGCUCUACCGCGGGCUCGGGCCGAUCCUCCUCAAGGAGGUGCCCUUCGUGGUGACCAAGUUCGUCGUCUUCGACCGCGUCGCCGCGCUGCUCGCCGCCGCCCUGCCCGACGCGCAGGGCGGCGCCCUCCUCUCGGUCGGGCUUCCCCUCGCCGCCGGGUCGGUCGCCGGCCUCUUCGCGGCGCUCGCGUCGCAGCCCGCCGACGCGCUACUGACGCUCACCAACGAGGAGGGCGCGACGCUCGGCUCGGCAACCUCUCGCCUCGCCGCCGAGCCUCGGCUCGCGCUGCAGGGGCUCGCGCCGCGCGGCCUCUUCGCGAUGCUCCUCUCGUCGCUCCAGUUCCUGAUCUACACGCGGCUGCGCGACCUGUUUGGCGUCUCGAAGGCCGACCUCACUCUCGUGUGGGACGCGCUCGCGACCAUCCAGGCGGGGCCCAUCGGAAGAUGA